GCGGGGGGAGUGACGCGCUUCCGGCGGCGGCAGCAUGGCGGCGGCCGAGAAGGAGGCGGCGGCGGAGGUUCCAGCGUCCGCACCCACGGCGUCGUUCCUGGCCUUGGAGCCGCGGCUGCAGCGCGAGUUCCAGCAGAAGGUGCAGCGGGUCCGCAACAAACGGGCGGCCAAGGAGGAGCUGACGCCGGGCGUGGUGUACGUGGGGCACCUCCCGCGGGGUGUCUGCGAGCCGCAGAUGCACGAGUACUUCGGGCAGUUCGGGACGGUGACGCGGCUCCGGCUCUCCAGGAGUAAGAAGACUGGAGCCAGCAAAGGCUACGGAUUUAUAGAGUUUGAGUCCGAUGAUGUGGCUAAGAUCGUUGCGGACACAAUGAACAACUAUCUGUUUUCUGAAAGACUGCUGAAGUGUCAGUUCAUAUCUCCAGAAAGGGUCCACGAAAACCUCUUCAAAAACUGUGACAAAAGGUUUCUGAAGCCCUCUCAGCCAGCGGUCCGGCGGUACAACCGGGUACGCUCCCUCCUCCAGAAGGCAAAGAUGACGAAGCGACUGCUGCGAAAGGAGAAGCUCUUACGGAAGAGGCUGGCUGAAAAGGGGCUCAACUACGACUUCCCAGGAUUUGCUGCACAGGAGCUUUCCAUAAAGAGAAAAAAUGUUAACACAUCCAAGAAACCAGAACUGAAUGUUUCUUUGAGCAGCCAGGAUCCUACUCCGGUCUGUACUCCAACAGUGCUCGAGCGCCGAAAGGCUUCCCAGGCGGAUGAUGAUGCAGAGGACAAUGAAAUAACUCUCAGACUGCCCCCUGCCAGUGUCAAGAAUGCUGUGCAGAGACCAAAGAAGCAGCCAAGAGAAAAACCAAAUCUGAAGAAACAGAAAUAGACGUAAAAAGUUGGUGGCUGUAGCCAUGUUUUUUGUCAACUCAAAAACUGUUGAGGUGGAGCCUCUAGUUGUUCCACUGCCCUGGCUCAGUUCAUCUUGGCUAGACUGUUUCAGUCUUUCUUAGGCAAGGAAUCUAUUCCUAAAUCCUCCCCCUCCUCUUUAGCCAUCAGAGGACCUACGGUCUUCUAUGCCUUUGAAGAUAUUCUUGGCUUUGUGCACACCAGUGCCCAUGACACUGGUGCACACCUGUGACACGCCUAGAGCUGUGCCAGAACCUUCAGUUAAUUCUGUAACUUGUCUCUAGCGCUCGCUGUUUUGAGAGACAGUGUGAGGCUGUCCAUUCAGAAGUUGCUGAUGUGGGCUGUAUAUUACCUUUAUAAUUAAUGAUGGGUUAUAAAAAAAAAAUAAUAAUAAUUUUUCAACUGUG